AUGGACUCGCGCGCCGGAUCCCUCUACCCGGACCACCACUCGCCUCGUUUCCGCUUCCCCGAAGUCCGCACUCUCAAUGCCAAGCACCUGGUGAUGACGACCGAGCUCGACGUCAAAGCCUCGCGUCGGUGGAGCUGGUCCAAAGCUUGGGGGUGGCUGGCUGAGCUCAGCUCGCUGCCAUGGUUCGGCUGGCUCUUCGUCUACGCGUUCGUGCAGUUCUGCUUCUCCGUGACUCGGAGCCUCGCGCUGCGCUCGCUCGUCGACAUGUAUGGGACUGCGGAGGACUACACUGUAGGCGUAAAAUCCGCCGCACUGAGUCUUGGAUUUCUCGAGGAUUUUAUCUGCACCACGUACUUCGUCUGCGCGUUGUGGAUUUUCGACACCUUGCUACGUGCAGCUACCGAGAAAUUUACGAUAAUUGGUGGGUUUUCGGUGGAAGUCGUCGCUGUAGCAGCCAAGUUUGCAGUUUCCUGGCUGCUGUUCUUCACUAUGGUGGCGCCUUUCAUCGCGGACAUGAUGCUCGUGGUGUAUCGCGAUAUGAGAUUCUCGUUCGCUCUGCUGGCUACGUUGGUCAGGGAGAGAGAUCACCUGAAGGCUGCGCCGAUUUCAGGAGAGGAAAUCCACAGUGGCUACAGCGUUGCAGUUGGGCUGGUAACCGUCUCAGCGUUAUUCGCCAGUGUGCGUACGUGGGCUCCUUGGGGCGAUCUUGCUCGCUGGAACCCGACACAGAUUGUGCCGAGUUCUGCAAGCUUGCAACAGAGGACGAAAGUAUCUACGAACAAGACUUCUGGCGGUGCCAAGUACGUGGAAGUGGCUCUAGAGGAAGGCGACAAGGACGAUGAAAAGCAUCAGGAGAAUGCCGACAAGGCUGUGUACUAUCAGGCUAUGCGAGUUGCUGUUGUUCUGCUCGGACUUGUAGUCGUGCCCGUCAUCACAGUUGGAAUAUGCUGUGUUUGCUCACCUCUAGUGGCGUACUCAGCUCUGAACGCGACGCUGAACGAGUUUUUCCUCCACGCCUUCCAGCCAGCGCCGAUUGCUAUCGAGCUUUCAAGCACGAAUGGGAACCUUCCGUGGGUGGAGAAGUUCGUCGACGAGUCCGAGUUGCACCAUCGCUUUGGAGACAACACGCUUUAUCGACGGACCACAGGAUUUACUGGAGACCUCGCCUUCAACGUAACUAUCGACAGCGACAACCCACCGAACGUGCUGGUCAUCGGAGUGGAGUCCUUCCGGUUUCGAGAUUCCCGGUACCUCGUCGGAGAUGAAGACCCUUCCAACCUGUUCAAGGGCACGAAUUUGACGAUUACCCCCAACUUCGACCGGUGGGCAAAGCGCGGCGUUGCUCUUCGGAACAUUUGGUCCAGUAUCCCAACGAGUCGUUCACUGGAGAGUGUGCUCUUUGGGCAAGUUCCGUACAACAGCAACGUGCAGAGUGGAAUUACUGGGGGGAGGAAACACACCGCGCUUUCAGGCUUGCCGCAGCUCUUCAAAGAGAAAGGGUACGAAACCUACUUCACCACGGGAUCUUCCAUUACGCUGGACGACUGGAACGUGUUCCUUCCUGCACAUGGCUUCGACGUUGUUUGGGACGACAGGAAAAUGUCGAGACUGGCGGAGCGAGAUCUGAAUAUCACUCGGGUACAGUUGCAUGGCGAUGAGCACCGAGGCUUUGGCUGGGGUGUGCAUGACGACUUAAGCUUCCAGCUCGUCGGUGACUUGAUCGUGGACAAAGUAAAGAAACAAAAGGAGCUAGCAGCUAGCGACGGGACCAGGAAGCCGCUGUUCCUGACGCAUUACACCAUUUCCAGCCAUGAACCAUACGACUCAUCGCCGAGAUGGUACGCCGAGUCCGCCAAGCCAGACUUCUCGAAGAUGUACCGAGGAGAGCAGCACGCCGACAAGAUUAAAGAUUACCUGAACCUAAGGCACUUUACCGACAUGGAGCUGGGAAAAUUCAUGGAUCGCAUGGAAAAGGAGGGAAUCCUCAGCGACACCAUUGUGGUUAUCGUGGGGGAUCAUGGCCAAGCGCCUGAGAUUAGCAACGCUAACGUCCACGAAGAAUCGGUCACGCGUGUUCCAGCGGCUAUCAUCGCUGAAGGGCGACUGGGGGAUGCUGUGGGGCUUGUGAUUGACGAUGCCGCCGAGCAGUACGAUAUGCUCAACACACUCGCGGACAUCACAGGGUUACCCCAUAGAGGAUUCGUACAGAACGGCGUCGGUCGCUCCCUGAAGCGGAGAAGUUCGGUCGGCGAGCGCGCAGUGUUCAGCAACGACCCACUACGCAAGAUGGCGGUUGUUCGUGGGCACCAGCGACUUCGCUACGAUGCAGUGACGAACAUGAUGAUGCUGCACAACACGGAGACGGACUAUCACAUGACGACAGAUUUAUUACCGGGACUCUCGACGGAGGAGCAGGCCGAGUGGGAGAAGCUUCGAGACGAUGGACGUCGCAUUGCUGCGUAUUAUAUGAAGCGUUGGGAUGAGAACUGUCUGCUGUCUGUCAAGUGCAGCACCUGA